AUGGAGGCAUCGAACUUUACCUUUGUGAAUACAACCGGGGCAUCUAGCCUCUCACAGCCAGCUGCCAGAAGGGUGAGAGCGCAUAUCACCAAAGCGAACUUCGCGAAAAGGAGGCAUCAACUAAGCGCAGCGGGACUUGGGGAAGAGCCUGGAAAGGUUCGUUUUGCAUAUUCUGACCAGCAGAAACUUCAUCUAAAGCGAAGAAAGAAUGGCCCUGUGAGCCGCCCUCUGGAGGCAACCUGGCUUAUGAACGGGGCACCUCCCAGUUCUGCUGAUCUCCAAGCGCUACAUGAAAUACAAGAUCUUUGUUUCUUGGAAGGUCGUCACGCACCUAAUUCUCCAAGUGAGGCAGCCUGGUUCCACAUGAUCGCCUCCGAGCCAGCACUUAUUGAAGCGACCAUGGCUGUCAGCGUCGGGCUCAUGUCCCCAGGAAAUUGGUGGCAAAUAAAGUCUGGCCUUCAUUUAUCCAAUGCAGUAAGUCUGAUCAAGGAUAAGAUUAUAUCAACAGCAACCCGAACAGACGGUGUUCUAGCUGCGGUGUGCACUAUGGCAUUUAGCGCGGCAUUGGCGCAAGAUACACUGGCGUGGAAGGUCCAUAUUGAUGGGGUUACGCACAUUAUCAAAGACAGAAACAUGCGAAUGUCAAAUCCGGUCUUUCCCUGGCUAACAGACAUCGUCACUCAGGACUCCGUUAAUUAUAUUUGUGGCUUCCCGCGGUUUUACCACAAGCAAGUUAUCUAUGCGUUAAAUGGGGAUAAGGAUACCAAGUUUCGGAAAUUAGUAAAAAUUUGUGAAGAUGUCAUUCAGCUGCAGAACGUAGUGGAAUCCCACCACACGCACAGUUUCGACCCCAAUUUUGUGGCUCGAGAGAUUGAGGAGCCAAUUUCCUCUUUAAUCUUUCAAUCUCGCUUUCUGCGCGCAGGUGACGACGCCAAUAUGGACUCCGCCGCACGAGCAAUUGAGCUGUUCCUAUACCUGCUCUGGCCUUCACAGUCAGCAGCUCACCUGACCCUCCUUGCUGAACAAAUGAAGCACUCGAUAAUCAAGUGGCCCGUCAAGGGCUGCAUGUUUAUGGAUUUAACGUGUUUUCAGUUUGUUAUCGGUGCUGUCGCUGCGGAAAAAGGCUCUUCCACAAGAGAGUGGUUUGUCAACAAAAUUGCUGGAGCAGUCCGAGCAAUGAAACAGCGAGGGUGGCUUAACCCUCUCCACCUCAUGGGAAAUAGGUAUCACUCCGGUAUUGGAGUGAGCAUGAAAUUCACGGCGCUUUGGGAGGAAUUAGAUGAUAUGUGUGCUGAGCUCAAAGCCCUUGAAUGGGGUCCACAUAUCGACUCAUAA